AGCAGCUAGUGAAGAUUAUAUUAGAGCAACAAGCAAUUAUUAUAAUGAACUAUCAUUUAGUGAUGUAUUAAUUAGUAUAGAUGAAAGUGAAGAGUUUAGAACUGAUAAUGGAACUUGUUUUUGCAAG